AGUGUGCAACUGGCUACGUGUGAGCUCGUAUAUACUGUACGAACGCUGUGUACUUUUCACGAAUUUCGCUCAAAAUCGAACGAUUUUUUAUCAUAACAUUUUUGGUUUCUGUUUUCUUUGAAUGAAAUUUUUUCCGAUUUUCGAUGUGAUGUAAUUCGCUUCAAUUUCUCAAUAGAAAAGUUACAAAUUUAAUCGAAAAUAAAGGAAAUAUUUGUUUAAUUUUUUUGGUUUCUCUAAACAUUUUAUUGCGUGCGUUGACGAAAAAAAACUUUAUGAGUGAACGAAAGAAAGAAAGAAAAAGCGUUUUGAAUUCAUUUGCGUGUCACAUUUGCAAUUGCAAAAAUGAACCAUUUUUAAAAUAACAAAUAUUCAGUUGUCUGUGCGUUUUAUUUUUAAUUCUCUGUCGAUUAUAAUCGGUCCGUGAGGUGCAACGGAUUUGAAAGAAGAGAGAGAGAGAAAUAAAGAAAGAGGAGAAUAAAAGAGGAAAAUUAGUGGAAAAACACAUAAACAGAAGCGCAACGUUAAUUUCAUAAUACAAUUUUUUUUAAUUCAAUUCAGUGAAUUUGAAACAUUUUCAUCCGAAGCGCUGAUAUUAUAACACGAACGUUACGAAAAUGUUAACGGAUAUGACACCGACGGCAGGGCAAUUUUAUGGUUCACAAAUACCGUCAAUGGGAAUGAACAUUACGAAUAUUGCCAACCAUAUGCAAAAGCCGACUAUGAGUAACGAUCAUUCAAACAUACGCGGUACACCGUUGGCAAUGCUGGCUGCUCAAUGCAAUAAAUUAUCGAACAAAUCACCACCCCCAUUGGCUGAUGCAGCGAUUGGCAAAGGAUUCCAUCCUUGGAAAAAGAGUCCAGCCUCUCCAACAAUGGGACAACAUUCGCCAACGUUAAACAAUGUUAAUUCAAUCGAUUCACAACGAAACCUAUCCACGACCGGAACAAUGGGAAAUAUUACACCCAGUCGUCCGGUUGUAUCGUCUUGUUCGAUGACCAAUGCACAGUAUGGAAAUGACAUGUAUUUUACCGGCACACCAACGGCAACCAUUGCAGAGCCGCACAUGCAUCAAGGGCUGUUGGGAAAGGUGGAUAAUUCAUCAAUUGGUUCAGUUUAUUCACGGCAUCCUGCCUACGAUUGGCCAUUCAAUGCGGCCGCCGUAUCGGCCACACACAAAACGGAAUCGGUAAAUUCGGGCUGGUGGGAUAUGCACAGUACGGCCGGUAGUUGGUUAGACAUGAACAAUGCAGCAGCGGCUGGUAUGCAUGCAACAAUGGCAAACUAUGCAACUGGCACCGAAUAUUCAUCGUUCCCACAUUCGUUGUCCAAUACAGCGCAUUUGCUUAGCUCUGGUCAGCAUUUACUUCAAGAUACCUACAAAAUUUUACCAUCACAAUCAGUCGGUGGCUUCACAUUGCCACACACGGCAAACACAGCACCACCAACGCCGCAAGCCCCAUCGCCACGAUCUCAGCGCCGAUAUUCCGGACGCGCCACAUGCGACUGUCCAAAUUGUCAAGAGGCUGAACGUCUUGGACCCGCCGGAUUGCAUUUACGCAAGCGAAACAUUCAUUCGUGUCAUAUACCUGGAUGUGGUAAGGUGUACGGUAAGACGAGCCAUUUAAAAGCGCAUUUAAGAUGGCACACCGGUGAACGGCCAUUCGUUUGCAAUUGGUUAUUUUGUGGCAAACGAUUCACCCGUUCCGAUGAGCUGCAACGGCAUUUGCGAACACACACCGGUGAAAAGCGAUUCGCCUGUCCCGUGUGUAACAAACGCUUUAUGCGUAGUGAUCAUUUGGCGAAACAUGUGAAAACCCACAGCGCAAAUGGCACAUCGAAGAAAGGCUCAUCGGAAUCGUGCAGCGAUUCCGAAGAGGUGAAUCACAACGAUAACAGUGCACAUGGCCAACAACAGGCUCAUUUAGAUCAUCAACAAGCCCAACAAAAUCAAUCACACCCACAGCAUAUGCAACAGCAACAGCAACAGCACCAACAGCAUUUGACAAUGCAUCAUCAAAUGCAUCAUACAUCGAAUCCACUAGACAAUUCCGAUCAGCUUGAUAUCAAACCGGGUCUCGUCUGAGAUUUUGAUAAUGCUAACGAUCUUCUCUAUUUGCUUAGCUGAUGCAAUUAAACGAACACAUUGUUGUUUCGUUUGAGAAAUGGAGGAAGAAAAAAAAACACAACUUACACACUUUGUUUACAAAAAAAUGAAUGGAAAGAAAAACGAAGACUAGUUUUCCCUUAAAGAUAAUGUUUUUUUUUCUUUAAUCUGCACAUAGAAUGCGCUUGCAUGGAACCUACCGUAAACUGUACGAUUUAGCUAUUAUUACAGAAAAAAAACACACACAUGGAAAUGAAGAAAACAAGAGUGAAGAAACGAAUGAAGAAAUAUUAAACUAAAACAAAAGAUGAAAAAAUAAGAAGUCUCUAACUAGUGUAUGUUAAUAUUUACAUUUAAAAUUUAUUAUUUAGGUACUUCAUACAAUUUAAUCUGAAAUUAUUAUUAUAUAUGAAAAGAAAAACAAAAAAAAUUACAACUUAUCUAGUGAUGGAAUGCAUCGCAAAUGAUUAUUAUAACACACACACACACACACACACAGUUCAUAUUAGAAGAGAAACGAGUAAAAACAAAAUCGUUCAUGGUGUUGUAAAUUGGAUACAAGUACCAAAAUUUAUUCGCUUGAAUAACAAAAUAAUUCACACAAAAUAACAAAAGUUCUAAUGACAAAAAAAAAUUAACAAUCGUAUAGAUGUUGUGUGAAGGUCACUUCAACCGUUUAUUCAUCAUUUCGAUCUAUACCAUAGCCAUUUUUCUUGUCGAAGGAUUGACAGAAAAAUGGAAAAUAUCUCUAAAAAGUACAAACGAGAACUGGAAUCUUUCUCUAUGUCUCAAUAUUAUUUGACAAGUCGAUUUAUUUAUCUAAAAAGUUAAACGUCGUUUUUUUCUCUCUCUCCUAUUUUUCCCUGCUGCUUAAGACAUUUCAACGUGAUUUAUUUGAAAUUCAACGUGAUUUGUUCCUAUUGACUGGAUGACAGAUCAGUUUUUUUUUCUGGAUGACAGAUCCCAACGUAUCGAGUGAAUAGCACGAUUUUGGCAAAAGAAUAAACAAAAUAUCAUUUCAUAAUCAAAAUUUGCUAGAAGUUUAAAACAAUGUGCAUGACUUGACAAAAAUGACGCUAUGUCAUUUAAGUGGUAGUAAGUGAUUAAAAAAUUGUUUAGAUCAAGCAUUUCAUUUGUUCGUUCUUUUUUUUGUCAACAAGGAAGUAAAAAUAAAUACCAAUUUGGAGUAUGUAAUUAUUGCGAGAAAAAAAAUUCAACAUGAUUUUCCUCUCUAUUGCUCUAUAGAACAGGCUUUGUAUGAUAAUAAUAUUCGGCUUUGUAGCUUCAUUGAAAAUAAAGAGAAAAAAAAAUUUACGCUGAAACAAAAAAUACCAAAAAUAACCUAUUCAUCAUACUAAACCUAUUUAAAUUCUAUGUCAAUUGGAUAAACAGAACAGAAUAGAAUGAAAAAAAGCAGAUCGGCCUUUCGAAGUGAAACUCAAUUUGAUUCGGUGUAUUUGAAAAGUAAUUUGAUUGUGAAAGACCAGGAAAAACAAACGAUUGGCGAACCAGAAAACAACCAGCAGGCACUAAGUGGGUGUUUAAUUAGAUUUAUUUUACAAACAAAAACUCUCUAAAAUUUAACACAAAAAUACAAAAUUUCUUCAAUUUUAACCUCACUUUUUCGGCAAAAACAAAAUAAAGCAUCACGACAAAAACAAAACAAGUAUUGAGCAUUAAAAGCUGCAGAACAUUUAAGAAAAAAAAAACAUUUAUAACUAUGACAUUUAUAAAGUAUUCUAGUAAAUUUAUGCAAAAAUCAAAUCCAAAACCUAAAUGAUUGUUAUUGCGGAUCGGAUGAAAAAAAAACACAAAUAAAGAAAUAUUUUAGUUGUAAACGUUGUGCUGAA